AUGACAGACGUGGAGUCAGACAAAAUUAGUUGCUUACCAGAUCAUCUUAUAGGGCAGAUUCUCUCACACUUGACAAUUAAGGAAGCAGUAACAACAAGUGUGUUAUCGAGCGAAUGGAGGAAUAAAUGGUCCACACAACCAGAUCUUGUGUUUGAUAGUCGAUGUGUAUCUACUGCAAUUUCCAAAGACCCUUCAGUUAUUGAGAGCAAGUUUUUGAGAAUUGUUGAUCAUGUACUUUUACUUCAUUCUGGGCCAAUCAACAAGUUUGAGGUCUCUGACUCCUAUCGUGACAUCAUUAUUGAUGUGAACGCUAUGGCAGAUAUUGAUCGGUGGAUUCGUCAUCUAACCGGAAGGCAUAUUAAAGAGUUUGUGUUGGACAUUUGUUUUGAUCAACGCUAUAAGAUACCUUCAUCCUUAUUCUCCUGCCAAGGUUUACAUCAUUUAGAUCUGAAUUAUUGUUGGCUUAAACCUCCAACAAAGUUUGAAGGCUUCCGGAGUAUGAAAAUUCUUUAUUUGAAUCGGGUUACAAUGAGUCAAGAUGCUUUCAAUAACAUGAUAUAUGGCUGCCCCGUGCUAGAGAAAUUGACAUUGGCAAAAAUUGAUGGUUUAACUCAUAUUAAUAUUCAUGCACCAAAUCUCAAGUUUUUUGAAGUCGACGAUGAAUUUGAGAGUAUUAACUUUGACAACACUUUUCAAUUAGCUAAUGUAUUCAUUUAUAUGAAAUCUAAAAGCAAUCAAGGUAGAUUGCAUGGAUUCUCUAGCAAUUUGGCCAAUUUUUUUGAUCAUCUACCUCGCAUACAAAGCCUACAGAUUGCUGAUGGAUUUUUAAAGUAUUUGGCUACAGGUAUCGUGCCAGAAAAACUUCCUACACUGUGUGUCAAUCUAAGAUCUAUUUGCUUGUGGAUAAACUUCAAUGACUUGAAGCAGGUUUCAGUUGUUCUUUGCUUGCUCAAAAGUUCACCUAAUCUUCGAGAUUUAAGAAUGAUUGUACAACGUGAUGAGCUGACUGCCCAUUUAACACCCGCCUCCUAUUGUUGGAAAGAUAUAUUUUCGGAUCCAUCCAUGCCCCUCGGAGUGCAACACGUGAGCAUAGGCAUUUCUGGUAUCAAAUCUGAAUUAGAUUUUAUCAGAUUUCUUCUUCUACAUUCUCCAAUGCUAGAAAAGGUGAUUGUGGAGCCUGAUGUAGAGAUCAGAUCUGAGGUGAUGACAGAACUAUUACAGCUCAAGAAAAUGUCGAGACAAGCUGAAGUUAUUUACUGUGGAAAAGACUCUUCCCAAUGUUUUCUAUUCUCCUAA